AUAAACGCGGGAAAAUCUGUAACACCGUUGUCAAUGUUUCGUUUUCAAACCACACCCUCCACUCCAUUACUGUCCACAAAUCAACUCCAAAAUUCCCUUCUUACUUUCACUUCCUCAUACGCUACAACUACCACCGUCGGAGAUAACUUUCAACGGAAGUUUAUUCUUAUUAAUAUUAUGGCUGCCGGAAACGUGUCAUCUUCUCACGUCAUCAGCUCAACUGUCGUCGAUCUUUCAAGAAACAGCCGCACACAGAUGGUUCGUAUCUCCUACAAGAAAACUAUCAAAAACGGACUCUCCGUUCGAAACGAUAAAGACCGCCAAUCUGCAGCUCAACUUUUGGUGGAGGGUCCUUCUUGCAUAUUCGUUGGUCCUAUUGAAAGGGCUAGUAAAGAAACUCUAGAGGCUUUUUAUCGACAAGCACAGAAUUCGUACUAUAGUGGGAAACCCUUGAUUGUUGACGACAUGUUUGAUAGAGUAGAGUUACAGUUACGAUGGUAUGGAUCAAAGUAUGUCGUCAAGUAUCCUCGUUGCAGUUUACGACAGCAGUCAACUUAUGCUGAUGCCCAGGAAGACCAUUCUCAGGUUUUUGCAUUAGCAAGUGUGUGGCUAUUGUUUCUUGUGAUCGGAAGUUCAGCCUGUCUUGUACCUGUUGUUUACACUUUUGGCAAAGUCUUUAAUGAUGCAAAAGAUUCCGAGUUUUCACCCGCUGCUCCUCUGCUUGAGUUUAUUGCUAUGAUCAACGGCAUGCUUGUAAUGAUGCUCGGACCCAUGAUCGGUUAUCCAAUCGCCUCUGCUUCUGUUGGAGCACUUCAAGGCUUAUGGAAAAAUGACUUGGUGGCGUUAAAAGGGGCGUGUCCUAAUUGCGGGGAUGAGGUAUUUGCGUUUGUGAAAUCGAAUGAGUUUGGUAAUUCGCCACAUAAAGCUGACUGUCAUGUAUGUGAAUGCUUAUUAGAAUUCCGCACUAAAGUUGAGAGAUCGGCUUCAAGUCCCGGAAAGAGGUGGGUUUAUGGUCGGAUAUAUCUGAUCCGAAGAAGACGAAUGAAAAGAGGAUAAAGAGAGACUUGAGAUGAGUUACUUUUGCAUAGUAUAAUUCUUUGGUUAUAUUUUUAAACAAAGCUAGCAACUAAUUAUGUACAACUAGCAACAGAUUUGUAAAAUAUGCAUCAUUAGUGCAAUGAUAUGAAAAGAUUUAGGUAAAGAUUGUUUACAA